UUAAAAACACACUUUAAUAUCAUCUUGAUACAUUAAAGAAAAUUAAAUUUUUUUGAUGGCUGGCAAGACUCCGAUCACAAAUUCCCACACUGCGAGCUACACACUCGAGACCCAAAUCUCUCAUAUGGAAGCCGAACAACCGAAAACCACCGGGCGCAGGGCUCUCCUCCUGAACUGCAUAGUCCUGUCCAUCGGCCACUGCACCGGCCCACUUGUGGCGCGCCUCUACUUUCUCCACGGGGGCAACCGCGUCUGGCUCUCCAGCUGGCUCCAAACGGGCGGCUGGCCCAUUAUUCUCCUCCCUCUCACCAUUGCAUUCCUCCAGCGCCGCAAAAUCGACCCUACAUCCAAGUUCUUCCUCAUGAAGCUCCGCCUAUUCGUCGCCUCCGCAGUAAUAGGAGUCAUCACAGGCUGUGAUGACUACCUCUACGCUUAUGGAGUGGCGCGUCUUCCCGUUUCCACCUAUUCCCUUAUCAUUGCCUCCCAGCUAGCCUUCACCGCCGGUUUUUCCUUCCUCUUGGUGAAGCAGAAGUUCACUUCGUAUUCAAUAAACGCUGUGUUUCUCCUAACGAUAGGGGCGGGGGUUCUGGCUUUGCAUACAAGCGGAGACCGACCGAAGGGUGAAUCAACUAAAGAGUACGUUAUAGGAUUUUUGAUGAUGCUCGGAGCGGCCAUGCUUUAUGGAUUUAUUCUGCCACUGGUGGAGUUGAUGUACAAGAAGGCAAAGCAAGAGAUCAGUUACACUCUUGUUUUGGAAAUUCAGAUGGUUAUGAGUGUUUUUGCCACUGCCUUUUGCACUAUCGGCAUGAUAAUUAACAAUGAUUUCAAGGUAAUUGGAAGAGAGGCAAGGGAAUUCGGGCUGGGGGAAUCUAAAUACUACACCUUGGUGAUUAUCACUGCAAUGAUCUGGCAGUGUUUCUUCGUGGGAGCAAUCGGAGUCAUCUUCUGUGGCUCGUCUUUGCUGUCUGGGAUCAUUAUUGCAGUUCUAAUUCCAGUGAUUCAGAUCCUAGCCGUGAUUUUUUACCGGGAAAGUUUUAAAGCCGAGAAGGGGGUUUCUCUAGCACUCUCCCUUUGGGGUUUCGUCUCCUACUUCUACGGCCAGAUAAAGCAAAACAAGAAGAAAAAGAAACAAACUCCAAAGACAGAAAUGCCUUCACCCCCUAAUCCAUGACACUUCCUUCUUUUUCCUUUUUACCCUAGUUAUAUAUAUAUAUAUAUAUAUAUAUAUAUAAACGUUGUGUCCGGUU